AUCAAGAGACAAAAAUCAUAGAACUAGCCCUCCAAAUUAACCUCUUUAAAAGUUCAAGCUUCCCUUCAAGACUCUUAAACUUUAAAAUUACUCUUUCCCUCUAUACAUAGUAGUACAUAUAUACACAUAGCAUUUAGCUUAAAGUACUUUAUCCAUACCAUAUAUGGAAGGUGCAAAGGAACCUUUACAACCUCCAACUUAUGGAGACUUGAUCACCGUCCUCAGCAUUGACGGGGGUGGAAUAAGAGGGGUCAUCCCCGGAGUAAUCCUUGGUUUCCUAGAAUCCCAACUUCAGGAGCUGGAUGGUGAGGAUGCAAGACUAGCUGACUAUUUUGAUGUGAUUGCAGGGACUAGCACCGGCGGCUUGGUGACAGCCAUGCUAACUAGUCCAAAUGAAAAUAAUCGACCUCUAUUUGCUGCCAAAGAUAUAAAAGAUUUUUACCUAAAUAACAGCCCUAAAAUCUUCCCUCAACUAGGAUGUCCGUUGUUUGCUCCAAUAACAAAAGUUAUCAAAGCUCUAACGGGACCAAGAUAUGAUGGGAAGUUUCUGCAUAGCCUUCUCAAAGAAAAACUAGGAGACAGAAGAUUGCACCAGACAUUAACUAAUGUUGUUAUCCCAGCAUUUGACAUCAAGCAUCUUCAGCCAACCAUCUUUUCGAGCUGUCAGCUGAAGACAAAUCCUACUUUGGAUGCCUUACUCUCAGACAUAUGCAUUGGAACCUCAGCUGCACCAACCUAUCUCCCAGCGCAUUACUUCAAAACCGAAGACGACAAAGGAGAUGUGAGAGAAUAUAACUUAAUAGAUGGUGGUGUGGCUGCAAAUAACCCAACUUUAGUGGCUAUAGGCGAAGUGACCAAGGCGAUCAUUAGGGGAAACCCGGAUUUCCCUCCAAAGCCCAUGGACUAUGGAAGAUUUCUGGUUAUCUCCUUGGGGACUGGCUCCCAAAAGGCCGAGGAGAAAUACAGUGCAAAAGAGGCAGCAAAAUGGGGUUUGUUAGGUUGGUUAACCAGCGGCGGCUCCACCCCAUUAGUUGAUGUAUUUAUGCAAGCAAGUGGAGACAUGGUCGACCUCCACCUUUCUGUAGUAUUUGAAGCCCUUCACUCUAAUAAAUACCUACGUAUUCAGGAUGAUACAUUAAGGGGAGAUUUAUCUACCGUUGACAUAGCUACGAAGAAGAAUUUGGAUGAACUGGUGAAAGUUGGGGAGGGACUGUUAAAGAAUCGAGUUUCUAGGGUUAACUUGGAAACAGGUUUGUUUGAGCCUUUCACUCAAGAAACCAAUGAAGAAGCUCUUAAAAGGUUUGCAAUCCUACUGUCCCAAGAGAGGCAUCGUCGUCAUUCUAGGUCACCCCAAGGGAAGGCUAGAGAAAAUGAUCAAAAUGCUGUGAAAAAUUAG